CGCACCUCCAUCCCGAACCGUCGAGGUGACGAAACACGUAAACUAUUCCUUUCUACGUCCACCAAUCGCUUGGAAAACGACCCGGAGAUAGUGUUUGAGAAAUAUGGCUAAUGCCUCCGCGAAACGCAUCGCAAACCAGAAUGACGCUGCUGUGAAAUACUUGAGGCUUGGAAUGAUCAUCCCCACCGUCGUUUCUCUCGUCCUGCGGCUGCUUUUCCGUCGGGGCUCUAUUCCACCGUCUAAAGGAUCCCUGUUCCUCUACGUCGUCACCUUCUUUCCCUCAUUCUUCCUCUCAAACUACUUGAUCAAAAUCGGCACUCCAAGACGUGAUCCCACCACGGGGACCCUCGUGUCUUACGGGGAGGAUCUCAAUCAGCCAGGUGUCACAGAGUGGUGCUUUGACAUCCUCUACAUCACCUGGGCCUGUCAAAUUGGUUCGGGUGCCUUUGGUGAAUGGUUCUGGUGGUUAUACUUGAUCAUCCCGCUCUACGCUGUGUUCAAGCUCUGGACAUCGGUCAUCUCACCCAUUUUCUUCGGUCGCUCAGCACCUCCCGUGGAAGAAACCGCAGAAAAGGAAUCCACCAGCAAGCGACAAGAAAAACUGAAGAAGCGGGUCGAACGUGGGGAUCCCCGAAUCCGGGUUCAGAACGGGAAAAAGUAAAACAGUCCACAGUGCUGUAUCAGCUGUCUUGAACUGUGACUUUUCUCGGCGCGUAACCUUCUUUUCCACAUGGGCUACUGGGAGUGAUCGGAUCGCCAUGGCUUCCGAAUCACGAUCACGUGGACGAUCAUAGACAUCCGACAAGUAAGUUUUACAUGAUCCAUGCGGAGCUUCAGCUUUGAGGGCGGGAGUGUCGCCAGAGAUUCAGACCGCUACGAUCGCAAUACAAGCACAAGGCAACGAGUAUCCCAUCGGCUGCUCAUUGAAUUUCCUUGGCUAGCAACGAGUAGCUGACUUCAUCUGACGGCUGCAUUGCUAUUUACACGAUCCUGAGCUCUCGUCAUAGUGAUAGGAGAUGAGGAGAAUGUACGAUAUCUCGACUGUCAGUCGGCCUCACAAGGAUCUGGAUUGUGAAUGCACCGACCGGGACCAAUCCUUGUAACCGAAAUAUCUGUUCAAGUGCUUGUGGCACUCGCAUCAUUCUCAAACCAGUGAUGGUGUUGGCCGCGUUUCUUGGACUCUCAUCUCUGCGUUUGAUGUGGAGGCAAGGCGCCGACUCAGAGGGUUUGAGGUUGAUGGGCGCCGAUCCUGUACAGACUGUUUAUGAUAUACCUUGAGACAACGAUUGUAUGGAAACCAGCACAGGGUAUAGUAGAUUCAAUCCUCGUAGUGGAAGCUCGAAGCUCUUUUGCAACCUAGUGCACCGCACCACUCAGACUGGCUUAUUUUCGGUUCCCUGGCACAGCCGCCCGAGUUGGCCGCAUGGCUGUCAACGUCGGAGCGGAUCAUUACACUGCCCCCUCCGAUCAGUAGCAGGCGCUUGUUGUUGUUCGUCACGGUCCACACAUAACAGAGCCAUCAGAUGGCUUUGUCUCCGUGCAUCCCUUUCAUACAUACGACCAGCUACAGGUCUGCUCAAAACCUCGACCAUCUCCUCCCCUCCUCCCAUCUCAGGGCCCAGAACGUCACCUGUGAACACCGGCCUGGCAUCACGGGUGUCAAACUACAUCAGCCAACACGCGCCGAAGCGGGUCGAUAGCUUUCAAUAGCAUCUGCCCACACUCGCCUUCCUUCCAUGGUCACCUCCCCCCAAAGUGUCGACCUCGGCGAGGCUGCAUCAAGAAGCGGUCCUCCACCUGCACCUGGUGGUGUGCAACCGCUCCCCAAGGGUGCCAUGGCAGCACCGACUCCCGGCCUGUCUUUUGCGGCGGCACCAGAACUCAGGCGCUCCACCCCCACUGCGCCCGUCACUCCCCCCGCAGACCCUUCGCAACGGCUUCUGGACGGCGAUGCGUCCCAUGGAGUGCAAUUCGCCAGCUACCCGGCAGAGACUCCGGAUGAGAAGACGAGAAACUUGAUUCCGGACGACGAAGAGGUUCUGCCUGCUGGCUGGGUCCCGACUCCACUGCAGAGCUGGUAUGCUAUCACUCUCGUGGUUGUGCUGCUCCUCCUGGCCAUCGUCCUGGAGGUCAUGCUCCAUAUAACGCAACAGAAGAACGGGUGGAAAACGCACGGCAACGCGACUUCGACGACGGGAGUGAUGCACUAUGUCUAUUCUCUGCCCCCGGUCAUUAUAGCUGCGGUCAUCGUCGCCCUAUGGGCUUGGACAGACAUCGAGAUCAAGAAGAUGCAGCCUUACGUAGAUCUCGCUCAUGGUGACGCUCCGCCGCACAAGAGUCUUUUACUGGACUACACGAGAUCAUCCACCUUUUUUGUCUGGUCAUCAGCCAUACGGAACCGACACUGGUGUGUGACGGCGGCGUCCAUCAUGGUCCUCGUGACGCUUACUUUCCAACCCCUGACGUCCGCACUGCUUUCAGUCAAAAACACCUGGGUUCAAUUGCCAGAUGUCACGCUGAACACCAUCUCAACCGUUGGGCUCAAUCAGAGCACUCAGUUCAACGAUCUCACGGGUGAAUAUUGUCCUACCGAUCCUGCGAGGGCUAGACUGAUUGAAACCUCAGUUUUCUUGACCGCUGCUGGUUAUGCCUCAGCAACUGUCGGCUACAAUCUGCAAGAGCCGCCUUUUGUGUUCGGAACCUAUACCGUCACACCUUUCAAUCUCCCGUACGAUAUUGUGACGAACGGCACUGUAAUUACGAACACGACCGCGAUACGAACCAACACAAACUGUGUCUCUGCUCCCGUGCAGAUGACCAACAACCAAAACGGGACCUGGACCAACACGCUCCAACAUAACGGGUGUUCUCUAGCCUGGACUGUAGACCACCGGGCCAUCACUCUCUUCGGGACAUCGACUCCCGACUGCGGCGACCCGACUCCGCCGCAAUUCCAGCCGGUCAUUUUCUGGUUCUUCACGUACGACCCGUCGCCGAUGUCCUCUGCUACAUUUUGCACGCCAGCGAUCACACUCUGGAACGCGCAGGUCACCGUCGACUUGGGCAGCGGCAACGUCACUUCCGUCGUCGAGAUGAGUCCAUUCACAAACUCCUCGCCGUUCGGAAGUCUGGCGGGGAAUCUGACCGGCGCCCCUCUCAACGGGCGAGCCUACAACGGAAUCAAUUUCACUCUUGCCAAUCCUGAUGGUUUUGUCCUGGACCGUCUGAGUGCCAUCCAGCUGACGAUGCCCGCUGCGGUCUUCCAGGCGGCUGUCAAAUCUUCGGCCGGACUCCAAGGAUCUUUCACUGCGGAUCUCUUCGUCAACUGGUCGAAUGAUGUCUACAACUCGUACCUCACGCUGAUUGCAAAAGCGGUUUAUUUCCUUUCAAAUACCGAGCCGAUUACUAUGCACGUGAAAACUUUCCAGCUACGAUUGUGGAUGAACGCCUUCGCUGUCCACGUUCUGACUGUGCUGCUGAUCCUUCUGGCUAUCGCAGCAGCAUUCAUCCACAUUGUGCAUCGUUGGGAGCGGCAGGAUCUCAAUCUUCUGCAUCAACCGGGCACCAUCGCCUCGGCGGUGUCCAUUGGCGCCGACACGGGCAUGGGCCAGCUUCUUGCCCAACACCGGCACGCAGAGGAUAUCCAGCAGGUGUUGCGGGACAAACGGUUCCGCAUUGAUCCAUUUAGCAAUAAGAUUGUCAUGGAUGGCGAGGAAGGAUACGAAGUCGUUGGGAGCCCGGUCGACAGACGUCUCAGUGUGUUUGCUGCUAUGCAAGGGCGUCGCGCAAGUCGUCGAUUCUCGCGAAUGCCCGUCUCUCCCUCGCGGACACCACCCCGAUCUCCGAUGGCCAAUCUUGCAGUCUGAAUGAACUCUAUUUUUACUUCGCACGUCUGUACUUGGGCUGAGAUUUGUAUUUUUGCUUUCGACACCGUUUACAAAUUUGCAUUCAUCAUUUCAAAUUAUUGUGCCGCGACGCGACGCGCCAGAUCAUGCUUCCUUGCACCUGCGGCCCAAACCUUUUACCCAAAACAGUCACCCUCGGAUGAGCCAGGAAUGAGCAGCAGUGAGGCACAAGGGCCGGAGAAGACGAGGUACAACCUCACGAUCCCCAAACGGGCAUACGUGGUCCCGAUGGGCGCUGCCUUGAUUGGGGUCAUCAUCGGUUUGAAUCGAGGCGGACGUUUGGCUUCGAUGAGAUUCUUGGCCGAAAACGCGCACCGAACUCCGACAACGCAAAAGGGGUGGUAUUACUACCACAAAACCAAGAACUACCGCGUCAUUCUGGGGGGCUUGAAAGGUGCAGCCAGGGACGGAGCGUACGUCGGGGCCGUGACGGGCGGCUGGGUGGGUCUGGAGGAAGCCUUUCGGGCCAUGGGAUGGGGGGAAGUUGCCAUGAGUGGAGCCGGUGUCGGGACUGCCGGAAUGUUCUCUGGGUUGUACCGGCUGCCAUGGAAGACUGCGCGGCAAACGCUAUUGUUGGGGCUUGUCGGAGGUGUUAGCAUGGAUAUCUUGAGAUAUGUUAUAGAUACGGAGUCGACGCGUCUUGAUUGUUCUUCCCUGAAUUUUACCCCCCCACCGUCUACCCGCCCCCUUGUGUCAGUGUUCCGUGGGUAGUGAAAAGUGGAGAGGAUCUGAUUCGUGAUUACGAGUUGUGGAGCAAGAUGAGCCACUGUUAUCCUCUCUCUCCCAGACACCAUCCCUGGCCUUUCGCGCUAUCUUGGCCGUCUGCCUUAGCCUCCGCGAAAAUGAUCAAGCUAUGGCCCUCUUCACCGGCCGACCCGCAACUAACGCCCCGUGCGUCACUUAUCCCAGAAAGGAAUCCAUUCGAAGAAUCUCUCUCCCACCCUCCACCACCACCGAAAUCUCCCACUUCCUACCACCACCAGCUCUUGACUCCUACCUCAGAGCAGAUUACUCCCCUGGCUUCCCCAGCCCCAGCUUUCGCUGCUGCGGCAUUACCCACGACCUCGCUCUCUCUCCAUGCGCCAGAAUUCAACAUGCAGACACCACCGAAACGAUUCCAUUCCUCUUCAAACAAGUCCGCAGCGUCACAGACACCGGCCUCCUCGUCGUCCAACGGCUCUUCAGCCACGUCUAAAGGCCAAAUCCGCAUAAAACUCAUCCAAGCGCGAGGCCUGCAUGUGCGACCGAACGCAUGUCCGUAUGUCGUCGUCGAGUUUGAGCAGAACGAGUUCGUCAGUCGAGAUCCGAUUGAGGAGACGGAAAAGGAGGUGAAAGGCACCCCGACCUCCCUCAGCACAGUCUCCAGCGCCGUGUCAUCGUUGAACACCAUCAACUCUAAGGCUGCCGCUGCUGAGGCCAGGAGUCGGAGAGGGAGUAAGAGCAGCAACAAGAGCACCAACUCGUCGCCGUCGUCGUCCGUGCCGAAACCUGCCGCGCUGAGCAACGGGCUUGCGUAUGCAAACGGGCACAGCACUUCACACACCAAUGGCACCACCGGAGGCCUAUUCGGCCGGAUCUCAGCCAACAAUCCAGUGUGGAAGCACGAAGUAUCCUUUGAUGUUACGUCUGGAGCCUCGCUUAUUUCGUUCAACGUCUACGACCGGGGUGCGGUCGAGCACGGGUUCUUGGGCACGGUGCAAAUCAAGCCGGUGCUGAUACACGAUCACAGUGUCGACCAAUGGUACAAAUUGGAGCCCUUCGAAAACGAGGUCGUAAGCGGGGAGAUGCGUGUCCAAGUAACAUUUGAGCAGAACAAGACUAAGCGGACAUUGACACCGCGAGACUUUGAGUUCCUCAAGCUCAUUGGACGGGGGACAUUCGGCAAAGUGUUUCAAGUCCGCAAGCGAGACACGAAGCGGAUAUACGCGAUGAAGGUGUUGUCUAAGCGGGAGAUCAUCGCCAAGAAAGAGGUCGCACACACAAUAGGAGAGCGGAAGAUUCUACAACGCUCCCUGGAGUCUCCAUUCCUCGUUGGUCUCAAGUUCAGUUUCCAGACUGACACCGAUCUUUACCUCGUGACGGACUUUAAGAGUGGUGGAGAGCUGUUCUGGCAUCUGCAGCGGGAAACGCGAUUUAACGAGGAGCGCGCUCGGUUCUAUAUCGCCGAGCUCAUUUUGGCGCUCGAGCAUCUGCACAAGUACAACAUCAUUUACCGUGAUCUCAAGCCUGAGAACAUUCUUCUAGAUGCGACUGGACAUGUCGCCUUGUGCGACUUCGGUCUUUCGAAGCCGGAUCUCCGCCCCGAUGAGCUAACAACCACGUUCUGCGGAACAACGGAGUACUUAGCUCCCGAGAUGCUAUUGGACGAGCAGGGCUACUCGAAAGUGGUCGACUUCUGGUCUCUGGGCGUGUUGCUGUUCGAGAUGUGCUGCGGAUGGAGUCCGUUCUACGCGGAGGACACCCAACAAAUGUACAAAAACAUUUGCUUUGGGAAGAUCCGCUUUCCCAAGGGUGCGAUUAAUGAGGACGGCAAACAGUUCGUCAAAGGGCUUCUGAAUCGCAAUCCCAAGAACCGUCUCGGGGCUGUCCGAGACACUGCCGAGCUGAAAGAGCAUCCGUUCUUCUCCUCGAUCGACUGGGAUGCAUUAGCGAGGAAGCAGGUGCCGCCCCCGUUCAAACCUGUCGUCGAGUCGGAUGAAUCGACAGCCAACUUUGACGAAACGUUCACGUCCGCAGACCUGCAUGAUGUGGGGGUUGACAUCGACAUCGACGAAGCCGACCCGUCGGAAGACUGGGUGCUUGCAGGCUCUCUGACGCAGCACCAGUUCAACGGCCCACUCGGCAGCGAGCGUGAUCUGACGAGCGACUCCCCCAAAAAGGAUUCUCCGCCGCGGGGGAUCGACAUCAAGCCGAAGAAGAAGACGCAGACUGCUGUGGGGACGCCGUUGACGAACAGCGUGCAGGAGAAUUUCCGGGGGUUCACGUAUUCGGGGGAGAGUGUCGGCGGUCCUACGGGCAUCCUCGCGAUGCGAGCGCGGGCCAAGACACCCGACGGCGAGACGGACGACAGCGCGGGUGGCACCGAAGACGAAUUCGAGGACCCAAGCAAGCCCGCUGGUCGCUACGCCCAUAAACGAAGGAAAGGGCUGGGCUUCACCGGAUUGGGGGAUGAUAUCUGACAAAACUCGAACACUGUAUACAAUCCUACUUAGAACGUACUUAAUGCUUUCGAAAUCUUGUAAAGUAGCCGUAGUAGUAGAGGGUAUGGGGUGUAACAUAACAACGAGCGGAAUGCACAAAU